CUUGAUUUUAAGACAAGCUAACCGUAACUUAAUUAAAUUUAUUAACACAUGAAAUACCCCAUUAUGUUAAUUUAGUAUCCAUGUUACCCCAACGUGCGUUACUGAUGUUACGAACGUGAACAUAUUUACGUAACAUCCAUUGUGUGCAAGGGACGUAGGUAGACACAAAAUGAGUGUAUUAAUUAGCGAGAAGAAAUAAUGUUUAAAUGUUCACAGCGCGUCCGUGUGGACGAAUCCAUUACUCACCUCGUAGGGGAUGUACGUGUAUAGUGUUUGGUCAGAAGGGUCGUUUAUGGUGAAUUAAAAAUCCAUACUGGAUAUAUCAUGGAAUAAUUGGUAUAUCCCGAAGAAGAGGGUGAGCUGUCGGUGUAAACUCAGCUCUUCAGCUUCCCCCGCUCUGUCGCUCAACUCGGAGGGUUUGUUCGGCUAACGGCUGUCACCAAUGGCGUCCACGGAGAUAGCGAGGCAAGCGGGAGAAGGUGCCCGUGCUGUACCACUUGCCGGUCAUGUUGGCUUUGACAGCAUGCCUGACCAGCUGGUCAACAAAUCUGUCAAUCAUGGAUUUUGCUUCAACAUCCUCUGUGUCGGCGAGACGGGCCUAGGCAAGUCCACCCUGAUGGACACGCUGUUCAACACAAAGUUCGAGGGCGAGCCCACCCAGCACAACCAGCCUGGGGUGACGCUAAAGUCCAACACCUAUGAACUACAGGAGAGCAAUGUGCGCCUCAAACUUACUGUCGUCAACACGGUGGGCUUCGGAGACCAGAUAAACAAAGAAGACAGUUACAAGUCCAUUGUGGAGUUCAUCGACACCCAAUUCGAAGCAUAUCUCCAAGAGGAGUUGAAGAUCAAGCGCACGCUACACAGCUACCAUGAUACGCGCAUCCAUGCUUGCCUCUACUUCAUUGCCCCCACUGGACACUCGCUCAAAUCUCUGGACCUGGUGACCAUGAAAAAGCUCGACAGCAAGGUAAAUAUCAUUCCAAUCGUUGCAAAGUCUGACGCCAUCUCCAAGAGCGAGCUGGCCAAGUUCAAGAUUAAAAUCACCAGCGAGCUUGUGAGCAACGGCGUGCAGAUAUACCAGUUCCCCACUGACGAUGAAUCAGUCGCCGAGAUCAACUCCACCAUGAACAGCCAUUUGCCGUUUGCAGUCGUGGGCAGCACGGAGGAGGUGAAGAUCGGGAACAAGAUGGUGAAAGCCCGCCAGUAUCCCUGGGGCACGGUGCAGGUGGAGAAUGAGAAUCACUGCGACUUUGUUAAACUACGAGAAAUGCUGAUCCGGGUGAACAUGGAGGACCUGCGGGAGCAGACGCACACGCGCCACUACGAGCUGUACCGCCGCUGCAAGCUGGAGGAGAUGGGCUUCAAGGACACAGACCCUGACAGCAAACCCUUUAGUCUCCAAGAGACAUACGAAGCAAAGAGGAAUGAGUUCAUGGGUGAACUGCAGAAGAAGGAAGAAGAAAUGCGGCAAAUGUUUGUUCAGAGAGUUAAAGAGAAGGAGGCGGAGCUCAAAGAAGCAGAGAAAGAAUUGCAUGAGAAAUUUGACCGCUUGAAGAAGCUCCAUCAGGAUGAGAAGAAGAAGCUGGAGGACAAAAAGAAGUCCCUGGACGAUGAGCUCAACACAUUUAAACAGAAAAAGACUGCCACUGAGCUCUUGCAGAAUCAAGCCCAGCAGGCAGGGGGUUCCACCACACUCAAGCGGGACAAGGAGAAGAAGAACUUCUUUUAAUGCGUCAUGACCAUCUGAAGAGGGCGAUGGCAGCUUCAGCAACAACUAAGCACCUUUAACUCCUGUUUCCAGCCCUCUCCUGUAUCAACCUCAUUUGUUUCUUUCUUCUUCCUUCCCAUCGCAUCAUCUCCUUUUUGUCAAACGUGGGAUUACGUGGACUCACAUGGUAUCUCUGGCCCAUUUUGUGAUGCUCUGGAUCAGGGGUGGGGAAUUUAUAGCACUAUAUGAGGACUGAAAUUAAAAAGCCCCAAACCUUUAACCCCCCUGACCCCAAUGCUCAUAAUACAUAUUUAAUAAGUAUUGGAGGAAAAGGUGACCCACCCCUGAUCUUCAAUGUGAGCUCACGGGGCAGGUUGGACAGUUGUAAUGCACUCAUCUUAAAUUUAAAUUAAAUGCCUCUGCAAAUCAUGGGAGGAUAGAGACCUGUAAACUAAAACAUUUAAAAAUAACAUGAACUGUAAGAAAACAAACAAACAAAUUGAACAGUCAAAACUUUUCCAAAGCGAUAUAAAAAUAAUGUUAGCACUUGUUUUGAUGGUGCCCAUGCUUACAUGCCACUGUUGAAUACCAUGGAGAUCACGUGUAAUGGCCUUUUUGACACAUUGUGCUUUAAUAUUCACCAGCCUACUGUAUUCUGUAUUUUGCAUGCAUUUGUAAAUCAAUUUCUUUACUGCUGUGACCUGCUUGAUUUCAAACCCUAAACAACUCGUUUCCUCUAAAUGGUGCAAAUCCCGAGUGUGAAUUUGUAUCCUAUAAUUUCAGCUCCCUUAUGUUGCCAAAUAUUAUGAUAAGAUGGAGUUGAAGUGAACCAAGGUAGGAAGGAGUAUUAAAUAAAUAAAAAAAAGAGUACCCAUUUAUAUAAUUUAUAAGGAUAUAUUUUGUGUAUUGAAGCCUUGCUGUUCAUGACCUAAGCUCUUGGGUGGUCCAAAGUAACUUUUUUGGUGUCAAAAGAAACAUUUUUCUAGUAUCUGUCUCUUGUAGUCAGAGAUCCUCGCCUACACAACCAAUACUUCAAUAUCUCGUCUAAGUUAAAUUUAAUUCAUGUACAUUUUCAAUAAAAAAAUGA